CUUCAGCAAGCAGCUGUAGCUCUCCGCUCUCUGGGUUGGGGAUGUCUGACAAUGAAUUUGAACGUCCUCCGAACGAAAAAAAGAAAAGCUUUUCGUUUUACUAGACUUUUAUUUCGCUGACRGACAGGCUCGUCUUUUAAAUGGCUUUUGUUUUGAUAGUUUCAACGGCACGUGAAGAGGCUGACAGCCUCUUUUUUUCUCCCAACCUUCUUUGGAGGCAUGUGAUACAGGCUGGAGUCUAGGCGGGUUUCACGGAUGUUACCGGGAAAACAAUAGAGGAGGAAGAGGUUGUUUUUUAUUAUUGUAUUGGGCUCCGUGGAUUCUGUUAGCCACGACGCAGGAGGAAAGACACCGGUUUGCUAGCUGUUCCACGGCUAAGGUGAACACGAACAAUGAGUCUGGAGCUCAACAGCUUUCUUUAAUGACUUAAACCCACAAAGACCGCGUUUUGUCAGGUUGGAGGCUCGGUUCAGGCGCGGCCAGCAAUGUGGAUUACCUCCCGACUGUUUGCCCUGUUUGUGUGAACAGAACUGGAGUAAAGUCCUGGUAGAGGUACCGACACGAACCCCCUCCACCCCUCGGCUUUUAUCAGAAGUGUGUCUGCCUGAAGUGGACCCGACUGAAGGACUGACCCGGGACCAGCCAUGUCCAACGACUCUGUCCAAAGCGAUCCUGGGGGGCUGUCGGUUCUGGAGCAGCUGGGCCUGGACCAGAACUCCGACUUCUCAGACUCGAGCGUUCAGCAGCUUUUGGACGAGCAGCGAGAGAGGAUCCGCAGAGAGAUUCGCAAGGAGCUGAAGAUCAAGGAGGGAGCCGAAAACCUGCGGAGAGCGACGACCGACAAGAGGAACGCUCAGCAGGUGGACAGUCAGCUGCGCUCCUCGAGCCGACGGCUGGACAACCUGCACGCUCAGCUGCAGGAGCUGGACGCCCACAUCGUGGUGAAAGGAGGCGAGGAGAGUAAAGAUGAGUGUCCUCGGUCUCCGGGGGCGGAGAGUCGCACGUCGGCGCACAAGGAGCGCAUCGCUGCCCUGGAGAGGCAGCUCAACAUCGAGCUCAAAGUCAAACAGGGAGUCGAGAACAUGAUUCCCAUCUAUGCCAAUGGAUCCACCAAGGAUAAGAAAAUGCUGCAGACUGCCCAGCAGAUGCUGCAGGACAGCAAGACUAAAAUCGACAUUAUUCGGAUGCAGAUACGUAAAGCCGUUCAGGCCACCGAGCACAACGAGGACACGCAGGGUAACCACGACCUCUGUGGGGUGGAGCUGCGCAUCGAAGAGCUGAGGCAUCACUACAGGGUGGAGCACGCCGUCGCCGAGGGGGCCAAGAACGUCCUCAGGCUCCUGGGGGCCAGCAAGGUUCAGGACAAGAAGGCUCUGUCUGAGGCUCAGUCUCGACUCAGCGAGGCGUCCCAGCGRCUGGACCUGCUGAGGGACUCCUUGGACCAACGUCUGGCCGAGCUGCCAGAGGACCAUCCCAAGGCGAGCAUCAUCAAAGAGGAGCUGGUCCUGGCCUCCUCACCGGCCUUCAGCUCUCGCCACGGCGCCCCCUACCUGCAAAACCAGUACAGCACCCUCAACAAGCCCUCGCCUCUCACUGGCACCCUACAGGUGCAGCUGCUGGGCUGUGUUGGGCUGUUGGACGUGGUCCCGGGCCGCGGUAAAGGGACGCCAGUCACACUGCCGUGCUACAGCCCCGGAGACACUAAGUCCUUCAUGAGAGGCAGUAAGGGACUGUACGGACGCAGCGGCUCCGUCAGCGGGAAGACGCCCAGCAAGACGGAAGAACUCUCCUCCGAGGUGAGUGCAGUGUUGAAGCUGGACAACACCGUGGUGGGUCAGACRGCGUGGAGGACUGUAGGAGAACAGGCCUGGGAUCAGACCUUCACCGUGGAGCUGGAACGGGAUGAUGAGGAGGAGGUGUUCGACAGCAUUGUGAAUGAUGAAGUGCGCUACCCACGCUUCCUCUCCACUGAGGCCAUCGGCAUCAUGAGAAGACUGUUACGAAGAAACCCAGAAAGAAGGCUGGGAUCUGGUGAGAAGGACGCAGAGGAGGUGAAGAAGCAGCCGUUUUUCAGAAACGUGGACUGGGAGGCGCUGCUGCAAAAGAAAGUACCUCCCCCCUUCGUUCCCUCCGUUCGCAACAAAGAAGACGUCAGCAACUUCGACGAAGAAUUCACCACCGAGCCGCCGGCGCUCACGCCUCCACGUGAGCCCCGCGUGCUCACCCGCAAGGACCAGGACAGCUUUCGGGACUUCGAUUAUGUCUCUGACCUCUGCUAGUGAACCCAAAGCCCCUCAGUACACGGGAGGAAUGUUGGAUUUUAUUUUUAUUAGAUUUUUUUUUUAUUGAAGGCUAAGGACAGACAGGAUGAAAUCAGUCUGUCUACACUGUCUGCUGUUACCUAAACUGUGAAAAAAAAUGCAGACAGCCUGUUUAGUGUGUCUGCUAUUUAAGAUUGUGGACUGAGAAUCGGAUCAGAUAGCUGUUCUCUCAUAACGAAGGAAAACACAUGAAGCUCUCCUGCAGUCACUGUACACCACUGAAUUAUGGGACCUGAAAACCUUUAAUAAGCUGCCUCCUGUUGUCCUGAUGGAGGAGUUUGUGUACUGUUGACUGUUCAGGGCUUCCUCAGUGGCCUCUCAUACCAAUGCCUUACAUUUCUACUUUAUUUGCUCCAAUAAGAAGUGAGCUAUUUUUGUUUUUUAACAGCAGCAGGAUUACUCUGCUGCAGAAAAAACAUCUGCAACUCAUGCUASGUUGUUUUUUAACUUUAUUUAUGGGUUUUUAAGAGCACUGCCUUGUGGUAAACCUGUGAUGUUCACCAACUUAGCUGCUUUGUUUCACAUCAGGAAUUUAAGUCGUGUUUAAUUUUCAUCGUUCAUCAUCUUGCACAAAACCUUUAUUUUAAUUGGAUUUAUGAGUUUUUAACCAGAUUUUAAUUUAAAAUUGUAGCACACAAAACAAUCAGCGUGAAAGCUAUACCGCAAACACGUAACUGAAACAAACAAAAAAGGUCAUAACACUAAAGUGUGUCGGUGACAGGGUGGCUGUUGUGGCUUCGACGCAGUCAUUCUCCAAGUCGUUUCCCUUCAAGACGAUUAAAUCUUCAUCAGAAUGACUCGUUUAGUGUCUGCUUUGAGUUUGAGUCAAGCCGURAAGAAAACCUUCUUUCUUACAUCUUAAAAGGUCCAGUCAGGAAGCUUUUGGCAGCGUCAAAACAUUUCUGUGUAAACAAUAUCAUGAGAGGGUAACGGAGAAGUUAAGAAGUAGAUAAAUGUUCCGUAACGUCUUUUUGUUUGUUGUGAAGCUGUAUGUACGAUUGUUAGGGUUUUACUGUCUGUGUGUGAGACGAUACAGAACAGCUGAGCGGACGAGACGACUGCUUUUAUAAAGAAACCCUGGAGUGAA